GCUCGGGGCUCCAGACCUGAUGCUCAGCGCCCGCGAGAGAGUUAUGGAGGCUGAGGUUCGAGAUCACCAUGAAUGACAAAUAUCACAAGGCAGCUCGGGAUGGCUACCUCGAUCUGCUUAAAGAAGCGACGCGGAAGGACCUGAACGCGCCGGAUGAGGAUGGCAUGACACCGACCCUAUGGGCGGCGUACCACGGCAACCUGGACGCGCUGCGGCUGAUCGCAGGGAGAGGGGGGAACCCAGAUAAGUGUGACAUAUGGGGAAACACGCCACUUCACUUGGCUGCUUCCAAUGGCCAUCUCAACUGCCUGUCCUUCCUGGUGUCCUUUGGUGCCAACGUGUGGUGCCUGGACAACGACUACCACACCCCUCUGGACAUGGCUGCCACCAAGAACCACAUGGAUUGCGUACGCUAUCUGGACUCUAUCGCGGCCAAGCAGACAGCUCUCAAUCCCAAGCUAGUAAGCAAACUGAAGGACCGGGCCUUUCGGGAUGCUGAACGGCGCAUGAAGGAAUGUGUAAAACUGCAGCAGAGGCACCGGCGGCGCAUGGAGCGGAAGUUUCAGAGAGAGGCAACAGAAGCAUCAGUUUCUGAUGCCAUGAGCUUCUCCAGCUACGCCAGCAGCACCUUGAGUCGCAAGUUACACCACUUCAACACUGCCACUAGUGUGCCAUACUCCCAGGCUACUAUCCAUGCCACAGCCAGGGGGAAAACUAAAAUCCAGAAGAAGCUUGAGAAGAAAAAGCAAGGUGACGGGACAUUUAAGAUUUAUGAAGAUGGCAGGAAAAGCGUCCGCUCUUUGUCUGGUUUACAGCUAGGCAACGACGUCAUGUUUCUGAAGCAAGGUACGUACGUUAACCCUAAAGACCGGUCUCGUCGCAACAUACGUGACAUGUUCCCCAGUGACAACGAGGAUGCCAUCUCACGUGCCAUCAGUGAACCAGACCUGCACGGUCAAGAUGUGGACUACUCUGAGAUCAGCACUGACUCAGGCCACGACUCGCUCUUCAACCGGCCUGGCCUGGGCACAAUGGUUUUCCGUCGCAACUAUGUGAGCGGUGGACUUUUUGGCAUUGGUAGCAGAGAUGAAGGCAGCCUGGCCGGCAGUGAACGGGUUGAUAAUGUGCGUCUCCAAAAUCGGAUGCACCCCAGUCUGGAUGACGACAGCAUUGGAAGUGCCCAUAGCCUGCAGGAGAGGAACAUUCAGGAGCUGCCUUGGGAUGAGGUGGAGUUGGGUCUGGAUGAUGAUGAUGAGCCCGACACUAGUCCACUAGAAGUGUUCCUGGCCACGCAAAGCAUGAACGAGUUUAUUCCUAUCUUAAAAAGAGAGAAGAUCGACUUGGACGCACUGUUACUGUGCUCAGACGAUGACCUUAAGGGUAUUCACAUCCCCUUGGGGCCCCGCAAGAAGAUCAUGGAUGCCUGCAUGCGCAGACUGGAGACAUUAGAGGAACCGGGCUCCAUAGAAGACACUGAGAUGUGAAGUUCUUGCCUUAAUGUCUGUUUUUACCUCAGUGAAUGUUGAAGAAUAAGCAAGUUUACAGGCUAGAGUUUGUGCCAUGUUUCUUUGAAGAUGGCAAAAGUUGCAUUGUCAACAUUUGGCCAACACUGUAGAGAAACUAACGAAAUAGAAACCUAAACCAGAGGUGUCCAGUCCUGCUGCUAAAGGGCUACUUUCCUGCAAAGUUUAGCUCCAGCACAGCUGUCAGGGUGUUUCUAAUGAUCCCGAAGAUCAUAAUCAGCUGGUUAAGAGUGUUAAAAUGGGGACCAUCCAUGAGCAGGACUGAACCCCCUGAGGUAAAUGAACCUUUAGGGGGCAUUUACACAACAUCACUAAAAACACAUUUUUUAGAAAAUUAUAUUGUUAUUUUCACUGUCUAAACUUGGUAAACAUGCAGUUAUAUGUGAACAUGUGAGUUGGAGGUUCACACAGGGGCGUACGUCCCCCGCACUUUU